AGUGGGGAUAUGAGCAAGGGAGAGAAGUACACAGCACAAGCGGAAAAAUCCAACGUUAAAACACCUGAGUACGACACACAUUUUCUGGAUUUACACACUUUACAAUUCAAAAAUUCAUCAUAUUUUGUUUCAUCAUUAUCAUCUCAGAUUCCUAAAUCCAAUCUAAAUCAUGUCAAUCGCUCGAAAUUCUUCCUCUCCUACUGCUGCCGAAGAACACCUAUUCUUGGAUAUACUGAAUGAUGCUCCAUUAGCUGCACAUCGGAAGCCCACCAAAAUCUAUGGGAGUAUAGUCUAUUGUAUAUUAUUGGUAGGUUAUGCCAUAGUAGGGGUUGGAGCCCCAUGGAUUUUUCAACCUCUUGAGGCCUGGAUCUCACCACUUCUUUGCAGCUGCAAUGUUAUUCUUCUAUUGAUCACAGGGAUCUUUCAACAAUAUCUGGUGUACCAAGUACAGAAAAUACGAUUGCAGGGUUACUACAAGCUUAGCCAGAGGUUGAAGCAUAUUGUUCGCCUUCCAUUUGCCACCAUUUCAUACGGGACUGCUGGAAUGCUUCUUCUUGUGGUUUGGGAACCCAAAAUCAGCUUUUUGUCUUCCUCUGCAACACUAAGGAUCGUGAUGCUGAUUGAAGUAGUAAUUGCUGGAUCUUUUAUGACUGCCUACAUUAGUUACGUUCACCAGUAUAAUUCAUUGAAUUUGGAGCCAGAUGUAUUAAAAUCAUUAUACUCUCCACUUCAAUCAUCAAGUUCUAUGGAAGGCUUAAGGUAUCAUGAUGGAAGGCUUUCUGAUCAGCAAAUGGCAUUACUGCAGUAUCAACGAGAAAACAUUCAUUUUCUUUGCGAGGAGAUUUUGCGGCUGCAAGAGUGUUUGAGCAAUUAUGAAAGAGCUAAUGAUGGCAGUACUCCUCAGGCUGACCUCGCCCAUCUUUUGGCCGCUCGUGAUCAAGAACUUCGAACACUUUCUGCAGAGAUGGAUCAACUGCAUUCUGAACUACAACUUGCUCGAUCCUUAAUUGCUGAGAGGGAUGUUGAGAUUCUGCGUGUUCGCAACACAAACAAUCAGUAUAUUGAAGAGAAUGAGCGUUUGAGGGCAAUUCUAGGUGAAUGGAGUGCACGAGCAGCAAAGCUUGAACGUGUGUUGGAGUUCGAACGAAUGUCAAAUGUAGAUUUGCAGAAGAGAGUUGGCACACUAAGGAACCAGUUAAGCGAACUUUCUCAACAAAGUCAGCAGCACUGAGCUCCAUAGCUGAUUUAGAGAAUUGUAAAUGGUUUGAUUUUUUGUGUAGAUGUAGAUAGAUGAACCAUAUCAGGGUUUACUCCUAGUUUUGAUUGAUAAUGUGUAGGUUAGUUGGUGGCAAAGCCACAAAAUAUAAAAGUGUGUAUUUUUUUUUUUUUUUUUUAUUCUUCUUAUGUGCAAAAUAGAGAAGAUGAUAGUGGGCUGGGCGAGCCAGCUCAUGUGUUGUGCCAACUUAAGCCCAACCUUGGCUGAAACAUGGCUAGUGGGUCGAACUUAUGUUAGUUCUAGACCCUCCAUAGUGCAGUGCUUGUAUUGUCAACUAAGUGUGUAUGUUCAUUCAUAUAUAUACUAAAAAUAAUUUCAUGAUCUUUAUCGUUUUCAGAGUUCUGCGGCUUCCGCACAAUUACAUUUUACAUGAUCUUAAGUGCACAAUUUUGAAAUUUUGAUCUUUAUGUGUUACUAUUUCUGUCCUAUA